UCCCCCCCCCACCCCUUCGAUUUAAAGGGCCCGCGCUCCCUUUCUCCGUCUCACCGGAUCCUUUUCCCCCUCCCCCCGCGCUCCGGGACCCCGGCCGCCAGCAGAGCCCCGCGAUUGGCCGAGGAGAUGGAAGGCGGAGCUUCAGCCCUGGAGGAGCCGGCCAAUGGGCAGGCAGCACCCGGAGGGUCGUCCAAUAGCGAGGAGGGAGGGAGCCCAGCAGCCAAUGAGAGCACAGGAUGCCAGGGCGUGGCCGAGGAGGCCAAUCAGGAGGCUGCUCCUCCUCCCGCUGCCCCGGCCAAUCAGGAGGCGGCUCCACGAGGACUGACCAAUGAGGAGGCAGUGCUGCCUGGGACAGCCAAUGAGGACGCAGCCCUCCCAGAACCAACCAAUGAGAGACCAGUGGAUGGGGCGGAGCCGUCCAAUGAGAUCGCAGCCCUCCCAGAACCAACCAAUGAGGAGGCAGCGCCACCUGGGCCAGCCAAUGAGAACGUGGCACCCCUGGAACCAACCAAUGGGAGGCCAGUGGGCGGGGCGGAUUCAUCCAAUGAGAACGCAGCCCCCCCAGAACCAACCAAUGGGACGUCUCGGAGGGGGGCGGAGCCAUCCAAUGAGCUCGCAGCCUCCUCGGCGCCGACCAAUGAGAGGCCGGAUCCCUGGGACUGGGCGGGGGAGGAGGCGUGGGGGCUAGAGAGGGAGUGGGUGGCUAAUGAAGGGGUGGGUGGCUAG